AUGUCGUCUCACCCAGCCAUCCCGUCUACUAUGAAGGCCUUCGUUCUUCAAGGCAACCAUAAGGCCGGGGUGGAGACCUAUCCCGUGCCUAGCAUCGAUGACAACAAGGUGCUCGUUCAAGUUGUCGCGAUUGGACAGAAUCCCACGGACUGGAAAUCUAUCAGAUUUUUCGAUCGUCGUGGGGUCAUCAGCGGAUGCGACUACUCAGGCCAUGUUGUCAAAACUGGAAGGAAUGUCACGUUGCUUUCUGUCGGCGACCAUGUCGCAGGCUUCGUUAUAGGCGCAACCUUCAAGGAUCGUGGCGCGUUCGCGAAUACCUGA